UACACUUUGCUUGCUUUCAAGUUGCUGCUCGCUGUGUCGACACUUCUUGAUCGUCUUGCGUAGGGACUUGCUUUUUCAAAGCUUUUCAAUUUCCUCUAAGCCGAAUACCCCGUACAUCAACCAACAGUCACUAUGUCUCUCGCUCGUCAGGAGUUCCACGAGAACUGUGAGGCUGGCAUCAAUGCCCAGAUCAACAAGGAGUUAGGCGCUAUGUAUGCGUACAUGGCAAUGGCCAACCACUUCAGCCGAGACGACAUUGCUCUCUCGAACAUCGCCUCCUUCUUCAAGGACAGCGCUCAAGAGGAGAAGGAGCACGCUGAGAAGCUGAUGGAAUAUCAAGUGAAGCGCGGCGGUCGUGUCGUCCUCACUCCUAUUGACAAACCGGCCAAGACCGACUUCGACUCUGCUCUGGAUGCCUUCCAAACAGCCCUGGCUUUGGAGAAAUACGUCAACAAGGCUCUCCUGGACCUUCACGCCGUCUCCGACACACACAAAGACUACCAGAUGAGCGACUUCUUGGAGGGCGAGUACCUCAAGGAGCAAGUGGAUGCCAUCAAGCAGCUGUCUGACUAUUGUGCUCAACUGAAGCUCGUCGGAGACGGUCUUGGUGUAUACCACUUCGACAAGACCUUCAAGUAAAUGCCAGGCAACGCCACUGUCGCAAGCUUUCCGCUUCAAUGACUUGUCUUUGUGUUCACUUGUGCGCUUGUUUCCUAGCUAUGAGGCCUGUCUUCUUUCUUGGCAACUGCACUUGUUUCUAAAACACUACUUAAGUCUCGCUCGUAGACUCUAUCUCUGAGCACUUUUUUUACACCGACUUAUUUGAUCUGGUGUCCAACAAAAAGUUUCCAGCUAGCCGUAGAUCUACUCUGGUUCUACUUGGUUUGGUGAUUGGGGCCAGUGGGGUAACCUGCGGUACUGCGGAAUGACUUACCAAGAACCUUGGCAUGCGUAGAUCCGGAUAAGCAGUAGGAGUUGCAAGUGACUGUGCCCUCAGCGCAACUGUACGAGUCACCAGUGCAAGAGGCGGCGGUAGUCUGUUUGCAGCUCUGGGACCGCACUGCCACUGCAAGGCAUACGACCAGGAAAGAAACGAGGACCUUCAUGAUGGAUGGAACGACGGGCGAGAUGGAUGAGAUCGGCGGCAAAAUUACAAUUUCCAAAGUUCAGGCCUCCAGAGAUAGUAUUACCCAUUACCAUCCACUGGGCCGAGAGUAGCUAAUCGGAUACUCUCCUAGCCAGGCAGCUCAAUGCCAGAUAACUAACUUCUAGAGAGAUGAAUGUGGGUUUAUAUAGGAGCCAAUGACCCAGUACUUGUUCAUUGUUCGGCUUGAUCGCAGUGUAACCCGCAACACGCACUUAUUUGGACUUUUUGUUUGUUUUUUUGUUUGUUUUUUUGUUUGGUUCGCUCAAACUGAUGAAUAUUUUGGUAUGACUAAAUCCCGUGCAAUACAUGAGUACAUAUUGGUGAUAAUGCACUACAAAGUUGAACAACAAGGAUGUUAGUUGCUCCCAACACUGGAGCUCGCACUUGUUA